GAAAGAUAUGAUCAGCGUUCGAUACACGCUAUAACACUAUAUAGAGGCGGGCCUUCUGACGUCAUCUUUCUGCGCCGGGAGGACGUUGGGACGGAGGCGAGAGAUGGCUGGUGUGAUCAAGAAGACCACAGGCUUGGUGGGUCUCGCCGUUUCUGUGAACCCGCACGAGCGUCUUCGGAUUUUGUACUCCAAGAUCUUGGGCUGCGUCCAGGCCAUGCCCCGGGAUGCCGCCUACAGGAAGUACACAGAGCAGCUGAUAACCGAGCGACUCGACCACGUCAAGUUGGAACCCGACGUAGAAAAGCUGGAGAAGAAAAUGAACUGUGGUCAGAUCGAGGAGGUCAUCGCACAAGCAGAAGCAGAGCUGGUUUUGUCUAGAAAGAUGGCAGAAUGGAAACCAUGGGAACCGCUGAUCGAAGACGCCCCUCCGAACCAGUGGAAAUGGCCAGUCUGAACUCGCGUUACGGCUCCGUUCAUCCUGUCCGUACUGUUUGGGCUUUCAGUUGAAUUGAGGUUUAUUUAUGUUAAAAAAAAAAAACAAUAAAUCUUAUAUGUAUCUUGUCCAAA